AGAUGUGGAGUCAUGAAUUCAUAGCUCAACCACAUUCAGCACCCACGAGGAAGUCGGGCGCACAAUGAUGAUAUCACCACAGUAAUGCUGACGCUGCUACAGUAGAGGUUGUCGCUGAACCAAAGUAUUAACUAGUAUUGUUAUUAUCAGUCUUCUAAUCUUUUUCCAAAAUGAGCACAAUGUUUGCAGACACGAUCCUGAUCGUGUUUAUAUCUAUUUGCACAGCAUUAUUAGCGGAAGGAAUAACAUGGGUUCUGGUGUACCGCACAGACAAAUACAAGAGACUAAAGGCUGAGGUUGAAAAACAAAGUAAAAAACUGGAGAAAAAGAAGGAGACAAUUACAGAAUCAGCUGGGCGUCAACAGAAGAAAAAAAUUGAGAGACAAGAGGAGAAACUCAAGAACAAUAACAGAGACCUGUCUAUGGUCCGGAUGAAAUCGAUGUUUGCCAUCGGCUUUUGCUUCACUGCUUUGAUGGGCAUGUUCAAUUCCAUCUUUGAUGGUCGUGUUGUGGCCAAACUUCCAUUCGUCCCGUUGUCGUAUAUCCAAGGUCUCUCACACCGUAACCUUCUUGGUGAAGAUUACACCGACUGUUCCUUCAUCUUCCUCUACAUCCUGUGCACCAUGUCGAUUCGACAGAAUAUCCAGAAGAUGUUGGGACUCGCCCCCUCCCGUGCCGCCACCAAACAGGCUGGAGGGUUCUUGGGACCUCCUCCACAAGCUGCCAAGUUUUCAUGAACAUUUGUUGUGAGAUACCGACAAAAAAAGAUGAGACACUCAGCUGUGCAUUGUGUGAGCAACACUCAAUGUGAGAGUAUGAUAGUCAGGUUGUGCAGCUACCGAUACCUGUGAUGACCACAGAAGUUGUACACUGUGUGUGUGUUUUUUUUUUUCCCCCUUUUCUUUUUAAUCAGGUAAAUUUAUAACUUAUAUGUAGUCCCAUUUCUAACAUAAAGUGUUCCUUGAGCAAAGGUAGUUAUGAAUGUAAAUUCAGUCUUAAGCAUUUCUUUAAAUAUUUUUGUUGCUCAGAAGGCUAAAAAGAUUCUUUGUUGUAACUGUUGUUAUUUUAUGAUUAACUACAAGCAAUAUUAAUUAAUAUAACAUUCAUAUUGAGAAUUUGAGAGAAUAGUUUCAUCUGUGGAUUCAUUUUUUGAAUUGUCUAUGUAAAGUUUUAUUUAAAUUAAAGGAUUUUUGUGAGUUUA